GGGUUUUCUCCGGACGAAGGAGGGAGGGAGGGGAGAGGAAGGAAGGAAAGGGCGGCCCCACGCACGACGUCGUUGUCACCGCUGCCUCGCAAAGAAGCAGACUAAAUGGAACCCCGGGCUACAUCAUAAUGGCUUUACUGCCCUACGAUAAUGCCAUGAUCCCGGAACUCCGGAAAUUCCAUGAAGCCUCUGCAACCUUCCAGUUUGUUAACCGGGACAUAGUGAUCAGGCAGGACUGGAAACAGCUGGGGGUGGCAGCAGUGGUGUGGGAUGCAGCUGUGAUACUUUGCACGUUCCUUGAACUGGGAGCGGUACAGCUCCAAGACCGCACUGUGAUAGAGCUGGGAGCAGGAACUGGAUUGGUUGGAAUAGUUGCAGCACAUCUAGGUGCCGAUGUUACAGUCACUGAUAGGGAAGUAGUGCUUCAGUUCUUGGAGUCUAAUGUGCAAGAUAACAUCUCUGAUGACCUGCGAGGCAGGGUGCGGGUCAAGGAACUGACCUGGGGGGUAAACCUCUCCAAGUUCGAGCCUGCCAGCUAUGACGUUAUCCUGGGGGCUGAUGUGGUUUAUUUGGAGGAGACGUUCCCAGCCUUGCUGGAGACUCUGGAAUACCUCAGCUCUGAACAGACCACAAUCCUGCUGUCCUGCCGCAUACGGUACGCACGGGACCACGACUUCCUGAUGAUGCUGGGAAGUCAUUUUGCAGUGGAGAGAGUUCAUUACGACAGCAAGAGAGAUGUUCACAUUUACAAGGCACAGAAAACAAAGUUGAAGGAAGAACUCUAAGGAAAUGGAAGUCAUUAUGUAGUAUAGGACUACUGGUCAGGUCGACAAAGGAAUAGCAAGAAUCCAUUCAACAACUCAAGCCUGUUGUGCUAUUCAGUGAGCUAAGAUCUACACUUCGACAUUUACUUAUUACAAUUUUUACCUAUAAAUGCCUUCAUCCAAUAGAAACCAGAGCAAGACAUAAAAUGCUGGAGAUACAUAGGAGGUCAGAUAGCGUCAAUGCAAAGAAAACAUUUCAGGGCUUUUGUUAGUCUUGAUAAAAGACCUGGAACCUGAACUGUUACUUUCUCUCUCCACAUAAAGCUGCCUGAUCUGCUGAGUUUCUCCAACAAUUUGUUUUUAUUUCACAAAUCCAGAAUAUGCAGGGGUUUUUUCUUGCUUUUUGAAAAAUGUUUAAAUAUCCCAUUGGCACCUGGCUCAGCAGCUUUGUGGAAGAAAGGAUUCCUGAUUACCACUAUCCAUUGUUUGAAGUACAUCCCAAACUCAUUCUUCAAUGGCCUUGCCCUUGUUAUGAACUUCCCACCCCCAAUACAGGAAAUAACUUCUCCAAACACUUCAUCAAAUCCUUUAAUCACCUUAAAGGCCUUGAUUAGAUUAUCCAUUAACCCUUUGUACUUAAAGAUUUACAAGACUAGUCUUUGCAAUGUCUUCGCAGUUUAACCCUUUUGAUUCCAGAGUAUAUUCUUUCAAAUUCCAGAGCUCUGAACAGUUGAAAAUGACUUCUAUUAUAAAUUGGUCUGAAGAAGGGUCUCGACCCGAAACGUCGCCUAUUUCCUUCGCUCCAUAAAUGCUGCCUCACCCGCUGAGUUUCUCCAGCAUUUUUAUCUACCUUCUAUUAUAAAUUGACUGGGGCGGGAGAUGCGGUCAUGGCAGUAAAACUAGUAGAGUCACUGCCGCAUAGUGCUAAUGACUCAAAUUCAAUCCUGACUCCUGGUGCUAUCCGUUCAGAGUUUGAAUUUUUUCCCUGUGACCACAAGGAUUUUCUCCCACACCCCAAAGAUUACCUGUUGGUAAUCAGCCACUGUAAAUUGCCACUAGUGUGUACGUGUGGAAGAAUCUGGGGGUAGUUAAUGUGAUGGGAGGAGAAU